UUUGGGUAAAGAUGGCGGAGCGUGGGUACAGCUUUUCGCUGACUACAUUCAGCCCAUCUGGUAGACUUGUCCAGAUUGAAUAUGCUUUGGCUGCUGUAGCUGGAGGAGCCCCGUCAGUGGGAAUUAAAGCUGCAAAUGGUGUGGUAUUAGCAACUGAGAAAAAACAGAAAUCCAUUCUGUAUGAUGAGCGAAGUGUACACAAAGUAGAACCAAUUACCAAGCAUGUAGGUUUGGUGUACAGUGGCAUGGGCCCAGAUUACAGAGUGCUUGUGCACAGAGCUCAAAAACUAGCUCAACAGUACUAUCUUGUGUACCAAGAACCCAUUCCCACAGCUCAGCUGUUACAGAGAGUAGCUUCUGUGAUGCAAGAAUAUACUCAGUCAGGUGGUGUUCAUCCAUUUGGAGUUUCUUUACUUAUUUGUGAUUGGAAUGAGGGGCGACCAUAUUUAUUUCAGUCAGAUCCAUCUGGAGCAUACUUUGCCUGGAAAGCUACAGAUGGAAAGAACUAUGUAAAUGGGAAAACUUACCUUGAGAAAAGAUAUAAUGCAGAUCUGGAACUUGAGGAUACCAUUCAUACAGCCAUCUUAAACCUAAAGGAAAGCUUUGAAGGGCAAAUGACAGAGGAUAACAUAGAAGUUGGAAUCUGCAAUGAAGCUGGAUUUAGGAGGCUUACUCCAACUGAAGUUAAGGAUUACUUGGCUGCCAUAGCAUAACAGUGAAGUGA